AUGCUCAUCGCUGUCAUAACUGGAUGUGUGACAUUUUUCAAUCCCUAUACAUCUAAAUCAGUGUCAGAACUACUGUAUGAUCUUGCUAGUCCUUGUAAUGAGAGUAGUCGUGCAUUAACUUUGUGCCCAAGUGAGCCUAGCAAGAUACCAGCACUACUCGGAUCUUUGGGUUGUGCGCUGUUAAUAAAAGUGGUCCUCACCUCAGUUACUUUUGGAGUCAAAGUACCUGCUGGAAUAUAUGUUCCAUCCAUGGUAAUUGGUGCCCUGUAUGGAAGAAUAUUCGGACUGACUCUGAAAUACAUCGAUUUUAAACAAUCCGGUAUGUUGAGUCAGUUAUACGGCUUAGAUACAAUGCCCAUUGGAGGUCCAUAUGCUAUGGCUGGAGCAGGAGCUUUCCUAGCCGGUGUUACGAGAAUGAAUAUAACUCUGGCAACCAUCUUAUUUGAACUGACUGGGUCUCUUAACCAUGUACUUCCAUUUUCGAUAGCUAUUUUGGUUUCAAACUGGGUUGCCAAUGCUAUUGAGCCCGAUAGUUUAUACGAACUGUUACUUGAAAGGAACAAUUUUCCAUAUUUGGACAAUCGUCAGACUAGAUCAUUUGAUUCUUCCUUGGCUGAUUUAGUCAACCGCGUCGGACCAAAUGAGUUGAUAGAUGUUGGAGACUGCACCCAUGUCAGCUCCCUUACACUCCGCUCUAUGGCUUCCAUGCUGCAAAUGAGAGGUGAAUUUGAUGGCUGUAUCCCAUUGAUAAAAGGACCGAUUCUAGUUGGGAUUAUUUCCGUUCCUCAGUUGGAUUUUGCUCUCGAUAGACUUCAACAGUAUUGUAAUGCACUUGGCGUUACUGAUCCGAUAAUGUGUAAGCUGUCAGUUCGGGACCAGGAUGUACGUCGCUAUCAUCAUUAUUAUACAAGCUCUAGCGACCUUUCGAGGAAUAUGGAUAAUGAUAACUCAGGCCAGCAACGAACAUUUUUCGAUUCGGUAGUAUUCACACCAAGACCAACAAGACAGGACUCUCCCGAUGAUGACGCUAGUAGUGGCAGCAGCUAUGGAAACCUUUCACCGCUGAGAGUAGACCCAAUACUAGUUGAGUUGAGCGAUUUCACGAAAUUCAUAGACAGAGCACCUAUUAUGCUUGAUAUUCAUUCUCCUCUAGCAUUGGUUGAGAUGAUGUUUACAAAAUUGGGAACUCGGUUAAUAUGUGUCUCGCGAGAAGGAAAGUUUGUUGGCAUACUCCAUCGCAAGAAGUAUAUUGAGUUUUGUCAUAGCGAUAAGAGCAAGUAG